CGAGACUCUUCCCUGUUGCUGCCGGACGCUUCUCUCAGGAAAUAUUUCUUGGAAGAUGGCCACUAUGCAGUUGCGGAGGACAGAUUCCAUGAGUGCAUUGGUAUUUCCCAAUAAGAUAUCAACUGAACAUCAGUCUUUAAUGUUUGUGAAGAGACUUCUAGCUGUUUCAGUAUCCUGCAUCACCUAUUUGAGAGGGAUAUUUCCAGAACGUGCUUAUGGGACAAGAUAUCUGGAUGAUCUCUGUGUCAAAAUUCUGAAAGAAGAUAAAAACUGUCCAGGUUCUUCACAGCUAGUGAAGUGGAUGCUAGGAUGCUAUGAUGCUUUACAGAAAAAAUAUCUAAGGAUGAUCGUUCUAGCUGUAUACACCAAUCCAGAAGAUCCUCAGACAAUUUCAGAAUGUUACCAGUUUAAAUUCAAGUACACCAAAAAUGGACCAAUCAUGGACUUUAUAAGCAAAAAUCAAAACAAUAAAUCUAGUACAACAUCUGCUGACACCAAGAAAGCAAGUAUUCUCCUCAUUCGGAAGAUUUAUGUCCUAAUGCAAAAUCUAGGACCAUUACCUAAUGAUGUUUGUCUGACCAUGAAACUUUUUUACUAUGAUGAAGUCACACCCCCAGGUUACCAACCACCAGGUUUUAAGGAUGGUGAUUGUGAAGGAGUAAUAUUUGAUGGGGACCCUACAUACUUAAAUGUGGGAGAAGUCCCAACACCUUUUCACACCUUCAGAUUAAAAGUGACCACUGAGAAGGAGCGAAUGGAAAAUAUUGAUUCAGCCAUACUAACACCAAAACAAUCAAAAAUACCAUUUCAAAAAAUUUUAAUGGACAAAGAUGAUGUAGAAGAUGAAAAUCAUAAUAGUUUUGACAUUAAAACUAAAAUGAACGAACAGAAUGAAAACUCUGGAGCUUCUGAAAUCAAAGAACCAAAUUUAGAUUGUAAGGAAGAAGAAAUUAUGCAAUUCAAAAAGAGCCAAAGUCCUUCAAUUUCUCAUUGUCAGGUUGAACAGUUAGUCAGUAAAACAUCUGAACUUGAUAUGUCUGAAAGCAAAACAAGAAGUGGAAAAGUCUUUCAGAGUAAAAUGGUAAAUGGAAAUCAACAAGGACAAACUUCUAAAGAAAACCGGAAGAGAAGUCUUCAUCAAUCUGGGAAAACAAUAAAUGUACCUAAGUGCAGUUGACAAACAAGAUGCCCUGGACUUGGAGUUAAAGGGCCUUCACGUCUUGGACUCUAGUCAAGAGUCAGUGCUGAAGAAAAGGAGAGUCAGUGAACCGAAGGAACAUACCUAAAAAUUAUUUCUUAUGCAGAUUUGCAGUUCUCAACAUUUAAACUAACAUGCUGUAUUAGUUGAAGGUGUGCCUUCUGUACUUCUGAAAAUUAUUUUGUAGUUCACAGUUGUUAAACUAAUCGAACUUUUAGCUAUUAUAUUGUGUUUACCUGAGAUGAGUCCAAAGGAACUUUUGACUAAACGCAAAUACAAAUGUCAUUGAUUCUGCUCAUAUCCACUGAAUACAACCUGCCUUCCAUUUUAAAGAAAGCUUUUAAAAAUGUGUUAAGUUUUAAGGCCCUCUAAAACUAUUUCUGAACUGUUUAUUCUGCCAUUAAAAUUUUGUAAGGAUUCACUUUUUACUUAUGUUAAAACUGUACCAUUUAAUUGGUGCUAUUAAAAUAAUGUUUGCUAUCUUG